ACCUUUCCCCUGAAUAGAUAAGCCCGAUAAGCCCGAUAAGCCCGAUAAGCCCGAUAAGCCCGAUAAGCCCGAUAAGCCUUAUCCAGCUGAUUACCAAUUACAUGGUAGAACUAGAAGCUCCAACCAUUUCGUCAACAUAUCACUCCAAGGUUUCUCCUGCCAUCACUCUUCCAUUCCUUUCCCGUCCUUUUCCCUCACCACCACUAGAUCGACUUCCCUGCACCGAAUAACCACAAUGGGACUCAUCCGCAGCACCUUCACGACGGCCGUUCUGGGCGCAGCAGGCGCCACGUCCGGUUGGGCAUUUUGGACACGAAAUUCCAAAUUCGUCCCUGUGUCAUCCUCGGAUCCGAUUUUUUCUAGCUUAGCCUACAUACGUCAGAACCCUAAUCGUAACCCUGCCACGCAGGAUUUAUGUCAAAGGAAAGUGUUACUGAGUAAGAUAAAGCCGCAUUUACUUGAGAAGGAAGGGAAAUUAGUCGAGGCCUUUUGUGCGGGGGUUUGGGGAGGUCUAGGUAUGUAUUUUGAAUUUAUUUUUUGAUUAUUUUUAUUAGCUUGUCUCUGAUAUAGUUAAUGGGUUUCGGAUCCAGGAGGAGGGGUAAAGGCGGCAUAAGGACGGGGAUGGGUUUAUAAAUGAGAAAGGCUAAUUGGAAGAUAGGCUAUGCACCGCAGCGCAGCAUUCUCUCUAAAAAGUAUCAAAAUGAAACCACUACAGCGCAUCAACUCUGGAACCGACCUGAUCUCCAAAACUCUACUUACGAAGUCGGCACUCAGAUCACCGACCACUUUGAGGUGAUUUCCAAAACACCCACAUCUAUAACCGUACGCUGCGGUGACUCGCCUUUGGCUACUGGGGUAAGGGACAGCGAUGGACUUUUUGAAAUGAACGCUAGUAUUGAUAAGAAUGCGGGGGUGGCGGUGUUUGAGCUGAAGAGUGUAUUUUUUAAAGGAACGGGGAAGUCUACGGAGAAACCUAUGCCUGAAUAUCUGGAGUUUGCACAUAGGUUGUAUACGAAGUUAUGGAUGGAGACGGCGGUGCGAAAUUGUGUAAUGUGAGGGACGAUGUGAUUUUAUAUAGGAUGAGAUGGAACUCGUAGAUAAAGGACCCGAGGUGGAGUUUGUAGAUAUAUCUCGGGAAGGUUGGCUAGACUUCACAUUAUUCAGAUAUUGAGAAGGUCAUCUGAUUGGUAAUGCAGAAAAAAAAGUCUCAACUUUAUUACAAGCUAUAGCGGUAUCUAUC